UCUCUCCCCUUCCCCCUUCCUUCUCUUCCUCCCCAUUCCCCCCUCCCCAAUUCCCUCUCCCCUCCCCUCCCUGUGCUGCAUGGAAGGACUUUGGCACCGCGAGUGGCUCGUUCAUCGGGCUCCCGCUCCGAGCCGCCGAAAGGAGAGUAAAAUGUUCCCGCUUAUCUGCUGGGAGAGGCCGGCUCGGUGGGCAGGGUCUGGGCAGAGCUUAUAAGCCGCCGGCCGCCGCGGGAGGCUCCCUGGCCAGGCGCUCCGGGUCCGGGCAGACGCGGGUGCCAGGAUGCCCCCAGCUCUGCGGCUGCUGCUGCUCUGGCUCGGCCGGGCGGUUGCCCUGGAAGCCGGGCUCCUGCCCCCCGACACCGACGCCAGCGAGCCCGGGGCUGCCCUCUUCGCGCAGGGCUACAACAGCUCCGCCGAGGUGGUCCUGUUCCGGAGCGUGUCCGCCAGCUGGGACUACAACACCAACCUUACCGAGCCCAACUCCCAGCGCCAGAUCUUGGCCUCCCUGGAGGAGCAGAACUUCACAGAGGCCUGGGGGAAGAAGGCAAAGGAACUCUAUGGCUCCAUCUGGAAGAAUUUCACAGACACUCAACUGAAGAGUAUCAUUGGCUCCCUCCAGACCCUGGGGCCUUCCAACCUGCCCCUGGACAAGCGUCAGCAGUACAACACCAUCCUGAGCGAGAUGGACAAUAUCUAUUCCACCGCCAAGGUGUGUCCUCCAAACCAGACCUCCAACUGCUGGGCUCUGGAGCCAGAGAUAACCGACAUCAUGGCCAACUCCCGUAGCUACAAGAAGCUGCUCUACGCCUGGGAGGGCUGGCACAGCUCAGCUGGAAACCCCCUGAGGUCCAAGUAUGAGGAGUUUGUGACGCUGAGCAAUGAGGCCUACAGUAUGGACGGUUUCAAGGAUACCGGUGCUUACUGGCGCUCCUGGUAUGACUCGUCCACGUUUGAGGACGAUCUGGAGAAACUCUACCACCAGCUGGAGCCCCUCUACCUGAACCUCCACGCCUUCGUCAGGAGGAAGCUGUACGAACGCUACGGCCCCACGUACAUCAACCUCCAGGGCCCCAUCCCUGCUCAUUUACUGGGCAACAUGUGGGCCCAGCAGUGGAACAACAUCUAUGAUAUGAUGGUCCCCUUCCCAGAUAAACCCAACCUGGACGUCACCAGCACCAUGGUGCAGCAAAACUGGAACGCGACGCACAUGUUCCGGGUCGCCGAGGCGUUCUUCACCUCGCUGGGCCUGCUGGGGAUGCCGCCGGAGUUCUGGGAGAAGUCCAUGCUGGAGAAGCCGGCGGACGGGCGGGAGGUGGUGUGUCACGCUUCCGCCUGGGACUUCUACAACCGCAGGGACUUCAGGAUCAAGCAGUGCACCACCGUCACCAUGGAGCAGCUGUUCACGGUGCACCACGAGAUGGGCCACGUCGAGUACUACCUGCAGUACAAGGACCAGCCAGUCACCUUCCGCAGCGGGGCCAACCCUGGCUUCCAUGAGGCCAUUGGAGACGUCAUGAGCCUGUCGGUCUCCACCCCCGGCCAUCUCAAGAAGAUCGGGCUCCUCAGCCAAGUCACCCAGGAUGCAGAGAGUGACAUCAACUACCUGCUGAAAAUGGCCUUGGAGAAGAUUGCCUUUCUCCCCUUCGGUUACCUCAUUGACCAGUGGCGCUGGAAUGUCUUCAGUGGCCGCACCCCCCCUAGCCGCUACAACUACGACUGGUGGUAUCUGAGAACUAAAUAUCAGGGCAUCUGUCCUCCCAUUGCAAGGAAUGAAACCAACUUCGACCCUGGUGCAAAGUAUCACAUCCCCGGCAAUACCCCCUACAUCAGGUACUUUGUGAGCUUUAUCCUGCAGUUUCAGUUUCACAAGGCCCUGUGCCAAGCUGCCAAUCACACCGGCCCCCUGCACACCUGUGACAUCUACAUGUCCAAAGAGGCGGGAGCGAAACUCGGUGAGGUGUUGAAAGCUGGCUCUUCCAAGCCGUGGCAAGAGAUUCUCUUCAAUCUGACUGGCACGGAGAAGAUGGACGCUGGGGCCUUACUGGAGUACUUCAGCCCUGUGACAGAAUGGCUUCUGCAACAGAACACCGAAAAGAAUGAAACACUGGGCUGGCCAGACUUUGAGUGGCGCCCGCCUGUCCCUGAUGGCUACCCUGACGGCAUCGAUAAAAUAGCGGAUGAAGCCCAAGCCCAAGCCUUCUUGGAGGAGUACAACAGCACGGCCGAAGUGGUGUGGAACGCCUACAGCGAGGCGUCCUGGGCGUACAACACCAACAUCACGGACUACAACAAGCAGAUCAUGUUGGAGAAGAACCUGGAGAUGUCAGCCCACACCCUGGAGCACGGCAUGCAGGCCCGGCAGUUCGACUACUCUGACUUCCAGGACCAGGGCAUCAAGCGCAUCCUGAAGAAACUGAGCGACAUUGAGAGAGCCGCCCUGCCUGAGCUGGAGCUGAAGGAGUACAACAACAUCCUCUCGGACAUGGAGACCACAUACAGCGUAGCCAAGGUCUGCAAGGGACAGGACAAGUGCUAUCCAUUGGAUCCUGACCUCACCGACAUUCUAGCCAAGUCGCGGGAUUACGACGAGCUCCUCUUCUCCUGGAAGGGCUGGCGGGACGCCUCCGGGAAGGAAAUCAAAAGCAAAUACAAGAGAUAUGUGGAGCUGAGCAACAAGGCAGCCAGGCUCAAUGGUCACACGGACAACGGGGCCUUCUGGAGAUCCCUCUACGAAACGCCCACCUUCGAAGCCGACCUGGAGCAGCUCUACCAGCAGCUGCAGUCCCUGUACCUCAACCUCCAUGCCUAUGUUCGCCGCGCCCUGUACAAGAAAUACGGGGGGGAGCGCAUCAACCUGAAGGGCCCCAUCCCAGCUCACCUUCUCGGGAAUAUGUGGGCCCAGUCGUGGUCCAACAUUUUUGACCUGGUGAUGCCCUACCCUAGUGCCACUAAAGUGGAUGCCACCCCGGCCAUGCAAACACAGGGCUGGACCCCGGAGAGGAUGUUUCAAGAGUCGGAUAAGUUCUUUACCUCCCUGGGCCUGAUCCCCAUGCCGCCGGAGUUCUGGGCCAAGUCCAUGAUUGAGAAGCCAGACGGCCGGGAGGUGGUGUGCCACGCCUCUGCCUGGGACUUCUACAACCGCAAGGACUUCAGGAUUAAGCAGUGCACGGUGGUGAACAUGGAUGACCUGAUCACCGUCCACCAUGAGAUGGGGCAUGUCCAGUACUUCCUGCAGUACAAGGACCAGCCCAUCUCCUUCCGCGACGGGGCCAACCCCGGCUUCCACGAGGCCAUCGGCGAUGUCAUGGCCCUGUCGGUCUCCACGCCCAAGCACCUGCACAGCAUCAGUCUGCUGGAUCAAGUGGAGGAUAACAACGAGAGUGACAUUAACUACCUGAUGAGUAUUGCCCUGGAUAAGAUUGCCUUCCUGCCCUUCGGGUACCUGAUGGACCAGUGGCGCUGGAAGGUGUUUGAUGGGCGCAUUCAGGAGCACGAAUAUAACCAACAGUGGUGGAACCUCAGGUUGAAGUACCAGGGGUUGUGCCCACCUGUGCCCAGGUCAGAGGAUGACUUUGAUCCUGGUGCGAAGUUUCACAUCCCAGCCAACGUUCCCUAUGUCAGGUACUUUGUCAGUUUUGUGAUCCAGUUCCAGUUCCACCAAGCCCUCUGCAAAGCCGCUGGUGACACAGGGCCCCUGCACAAAUGUGACAUCUACCAGUCCAAGGAAGCCGGAACCCUGCUGGCGGAUGCCAUGAAGCUGGGCUACAGCAAGCCCUGGCCGGAGGCCAUGCAGCUCAUCACGGGGCAGCCCAACAUGUCGGCCGAUGCCCUGAUGACCUACUUCAAGCCGCUGACGGACUGGCUGAUCCAGGAGAACACCAGGAACGGGGAGACCCUGGGCUGGCCCGAGUACAACUGGACGCCGUACGCGGGUUCUUCCAACUCCAGCGGAGGUGGUCAAGCACAGUCUAAAGUCAGUUUCCUGGGGAUGUCACUGGAUAGCAAGCAAGCCGCGGCGGGCCAGUGGGUCCUGCUUGUCCUCGGACUCCUCCUCCUCAUUGCCACCAUCGUCUUGGGAGUCAAAUUCCGCUUCUCAAGGAGGAGGGCUCACAAAUCCAGCUCGGAAAUGGAACUGAAGUAAUGCCGAACCUCACUCCUUUCCUUUGCCAUGUGUGCCCACAUGGGCCUAGUGUGUGUGUGUGUGUGUGUGCGUGUGUGUGUGUGUGUGUGGUGUGUGUGCGCACACAUAUGGGCCUGUGUGUGUCAGGGGCGUGUGUGCGAGCCUCAUGUGGCGCUGAGGCAGGAGUGCAAUCGGAUGCAUAGGACUCUUCCUUCCAAUCAGGUCAAAACUUUUGGACUAUGCAAGAGCCAAAGCAGAAGAGAAUUAUUUAUUUGUCAGUGUUUGGAUUCCCGGAAAAAAGAACCCCAAGACGAGGAGUGGGGUCACGUGGCUUGUUUCUUAUGCCCCCUGGGGCUGAUGGGCCAGUUUGAAUCAACGUUGCAUUGAUGAAUUCCCUAGUGAUUGGAAAUGGUUUUAUUAAUUGAGCAGGGGGGUCGGUUUGUGCCUGGAAGUCAUUUCCGCAGCUCCGCUGUGCGGUUGGCUCAUGUUCGCAGUGGGAAGCGUUUUGCGGGAAAAGGGCUGUUUGCUUCCCAACAGAGUCCCUCCCUCAGGCGUGCCCACCUGCCAGGCUGUUUACAUGCAUGGAUGAAAAAUAAAACAUCAUGUUUUUCCCCCUGUAAAA